ACACCUCCCAAAAUUCUUUUUUCACUCUCGUCCCGCUUCUCUCUCCUCCAAACACACCGAAAAUCACUCGCACCCCCAACAAACCCUAAAUUCAUCCUCAAGAAAGCUAUUCGGAACAAUAUUCAUACACCUCAAACGCCAAAUUUCACUACUUCACCUCUGUUUUCUGGAUUAAUUCAUCUUCUUCAUCACUUCUGUUUAAUAUUACUAUAUGGGGAGCCAAGAGGUGUUGGAGGAUACAAUGGGCUUCGAGAGUACUGAUGGAAUUCAUGAUUUAGAAUCCAAACAAGUUGGGCUUGGUACGGAACACAAUGAGAGUGUCGGUGUUGAGUUUUUAGAUGAUUUGGAUAAAAUGAUCGAAGAAGAAGUUGAUAAACAACUCAAGGUUGCGCGAAUGGUAAGUGAUUCAGUGAUUAAAGGUAUGGUUAGUGCUGUUGAACAGGAUGCCGAUGAGAAAAUCAAAGCUAAAGAGUCGGAGCUCGAAAGGUUAAAGAGCUCUAUUUCGUUUUUUAACGGAGAUCGAAACGAGUCAAGUGUUGACUUUAUAGGGUAUGCGAGUUUUGAAGAUGUUAUAGUGAAGCAUGAUAAAACAAAAGAGUCGGUUACCGAUGAGUUUAAGAGGCUUAGAAAACAGAUUGAAGGCGUAAAGGGUUGUAAAAUUAAGAGAAAUGGAUCUUAUGAAAUACUGGGGUUGGGUGGUAUUUUGAAAGAGGAGUAUGAUUUAGAGAAAACUGUAGAUAAUCUUGAAACGAUGAUGAACAGCAUGUCUAAAAUGGUAGAUACCGUGCUAACGUUUUCUAAAAAUUCACUUAAUGAAUGGCAACACAAGCAUGAGUUAAAAGAAGAACUUGAAGAUAUGGUAAUACAAAGUUCCAUUAAAUGCAUACGGGACGAGUUCGAAGAGGCCGGAAGUCAAAAUUUACGUUUGGCCGAGAAAUUUAGUAACAUUUCCGAUCUACGAAACGAGCUAGAGUCGUUAACGAAGUUGCUACCAAGUAACGAUUCGGGGCAUUUAAUCUCUCACGGUUCGUUAGAUAUCGAUAUGACUCACGGGAACCCGUUGAGAAGUCAACUGUCAACCGAGUUAAAACCUGAUGAUGCCGAUAGUUUUGAUGCUAAUUCGUUAGGCCACAUGAACAAGGAGGAAAUGGUCAAGUUUUUCAACAACUAUAUAUUAAAGUUAAAACGGGAUCAUGAAGCGGAGGUUCAUCAAAUAACCGAUAAUUAUAUUAAGUUAAGAGGGAUAUACCUUAGUGAAAGACGGUCUUUUGUUCCACAUAAUAAGGACUUUGAAGUAUUAACAAAGAAGAUUCCGGAUGUCGUUGCUAAGUUGGAUGAGAUUCUUAACGCAAGUGAUGAAUUUAUCGGAAAAGGUGAUAAAGUUGUCAGUCUCAACACCGUUUUACGAGAAAAUCGCCAACUUCGAGACGCGCUUUCUGUUACAAAGGAUGAAGUGAAUAACCUAUCAUCUCGGUUAACUGUUGUUUCCGAAAAACAUAAAUCAUCUAUGGCAGAUUCGUUUAUCGAAGCUUCCAUUGUUGCAGAUGUUUACAAAUGUGUUGUUCGUCAGCUAAAUUGCUGUAUUCAAAACAUGAAAGAAGAAUCAGAGGUACAAAUUUCUGCAAUGCAUGAUGUUUAUGAGGUUCUACUAGAAAAUGCUGUUAUCGACACACGUAUGGAAUCAUUACUCGUGCAAGAACUGUUGGGGACUGUAUUCAAAGAAACGUUAACGGACGUUAAUCAAAAGGUCGAGAAUUUGCAUGAAAAAUACGCAACCGCCCGUGAGAAACUUGUUUUUCUUGAAACACAGGCAACGCGAAUGAAGGCUGAUUUAAUAUUGGAAACUGAAGAGAGAGAAAAACUAAGAAAUCAAGUGAAUAUGCUAAGAAGCUCAAUGGAAGAAAAAGAAACAUUAGCACGGGAUGAGAUUAAUAAUUUAAGAAAAACUAAGAAAUCAAGUGAAACAUUGCUGUUGAAGGCCAAUAAGGAGUUGGAUGAAAUGAGUGAAAAGUUGUUAAAAGCGGAAGAAAAACUUUUAUCUGAUGAAAUGGAAAUAAUUUCACUUAAUGAUAGGCUUGCGCUAGUAAUGGAAGAGACGAAAACGUCGAACGAGUACAAGAACAAGGUUGUUGAUCUUUCUGAGGAGAAGCAGAGGUUUAUGUCGCAAAUUGAAGCAAAAGAGAGAGAACAUAGGAAGCAGAUGGAAGCUGUCGUUGUUCUUGUUGAUGAAUUAUCUGCCAAAUUUGUUGAUUUCGAACGCAGGUUAACAUGGGAUGUUAAAAGUAAUUACACAAGGUUAGAAAAUUCAAGAACUCAAUUGAGUUCUCUCGUCAUGGCAGCUAACGCACUUAAAAACGCUGGGAUAGUAUACAAACAAAAUCUCGAAAGGAAAUGUCGUGACCUUCAAAUGGCUGAGGAAGAGGUUGAUCUUUUGGGUGAUGAAGUGGAAACACUUUGCGGGCUUCUUGAGAAGAUAUAUAUAGCUCUUGACCAUUACUCGCCGGUCUUGAAACAUUACCCUGGGGUUAUCGAAAUCCUGGAGCUGGUUAGGAGGGAAUUAAGUGGUGAAGCUGUAAACGCACACAGGCAUCGUUGAGCGAGAUGCACUCAUUUAGCAAGGGACAAUGACAUUGACGGGUUUGCUGAAACUAUUCGGUUUUUUUGCCAAGGAUGCAGGGGUUAUGACUGUGAAAAGUAGUUAGUGUAUUAUGCCUGUGAGAUAGCUCAAGUAUGUGAUUCUACAAUUUUGUCCGUUUUCUUGUGUAGGGCCCCGCACACACAAAUACACACACACACACACCUCGACCUUACUAGUUACUAUUUUUGUUUCUUUCUCUGCAUUCAUCAGUUCUUGUAUAUAUACUGUAAUAGUAUAGCAGCAGGCAGCUUUGGUUCAAUUUGUCGACUUUGAAAUUUUUUGAUGUUCAAAAUCUCAUUUAGAUAGUCGAUGCCGGAUAGUACUUAGACUGAGAUGUAAUGUUGCUAUGGCUUCUUUAUUGUUUUGAGUA